AUGCCAGAUAAAAUCAGUGCACAAAGUAAUAUUCAAAGGUCAGAUUCAUCUCGAGCAUUAUUGAAAAAUUCUCAACAUCAAUUGAUUACAGUGUACUCUAAUACUGGCUAUGAUACAUCUUCCAAUAAGACUUCAUCAGUCAUCUCUGUUGAUCAUCAAGCAAUACUAUCUACUAGUCAUUCUACUAUAGAUGAUGUUGGUGAGGAUCACGAUCAAAUAAAAAUAAUAUUAAAUUCGACCAGCGUACUAAACCAUGUUACGGCAAAAGAUGAUUAUCGUAGUAUAACAAAAAAUGAACAUCAAUAUUCAUUAACAUAUAUGCUGCUUGUAUAUGCACAGCAAGAUGCAGACAUAAUGACAACUUUUGAAUCAACACGAUCAUACAAUAAUUUUAGUAAUGUGUUGAAUAUACUGGAACUUUAUUUCAAUAUUUAUGCGGAUGAUGAACGACAAAUAUGUUUUGAAGGCAUUUUUCAGAUUCUAUAUGAUUUUAAAGAACAGAUUACUGAGUUAGCUUUAAUUGAAACAAUGCAACUAUUAAAGAUCGAUCCUUUUAUUUCAUGCAACUUUGAAGAUUUUAUUCUUAUUCUAUGUCAUUUACCUCCUACUAAACAAGAUUCCAAUGACCUUUUUAUUGCAUUCAAUGAACUUGACUAUAACAAAGAUUUUUAUAUCACCGCUGAAGAUAUUCGUCAUGCAUUGCCACAUUUGAUUUCUCGUUUCGACGAAGAAAUUAUUCAAGCAGCAAUUCAUGCAAUAGAUAUUGAUCAUGAUAAUGAUCGUCUAUCAUACUUUGAUUUUGUCACAAGUCUUCUGCUAUUGCAAGAAUGCGAAUUCAACAUGAAAAAAACAACAUUAACUGAUGCACAUAGACUCGUGCCUACUGAACAGAGAAAAUAA